AUGCCUCAUAGCUCGAGUCGGCGGCCAGUAGAAAUUUUGAGAUCGGUCGCCGGCACAGCAUCAAGCCUACCCUCGAACGAUAUCGAACUUCAAGAAUACCUUCCUAGCCAAGCCUUUGACGCGACAGAUUCGAGAGCAGCUCGUCGCGAGCAGAAGCGGUUAGCGAAACUUCAGCGGCUGAUAGAAGCAGAAGAGAUGAAGUUCUCACAUAGCAUUCAGUUCAACGCCGUCCCUGACUGGUCGAGCAACUAUAUCGCCUACAGCAACCUCAAGAAGACCAUAUAUACCCUCGAAAAGCAGAUCAACCAGUCCUCUGCAGCUGAUGGCCACGAUGAGGAACAAUCGCUGCUGGACGGUCAGCGCCUUGACCCAGACACCACCUUCAGGCGUCUGCUUGACUCGGAACUCGAGAAGGUCUGCUCAUUCUACCGCCUCAAAGAGAUGGAAAUCUACAGUGAACUAGAACAGAUUCAGAAGGACCUCGAGGCUUAUCACAGCGACACAGCCGGUGUGGACAUGGACGAGGUUGUCGAUAUCGAGAACAGGCGCAGAUUUACUAGGUCUGGCAGCAUAUUUGGUGGUAUUGCAACAACGAAACGGAGACGUAGAGCGUCUACCAUGAGCAUGAGCAUUGAAGAGGAAAACGACGAUAGCGACAGCGACGCCGACGAUAACGCUGCUAUGAUCAAGAAGAAGGACCGUCCAUCGUCGACCUUGAAACAGAGGAGCAAAAGUCUAGCACAACCACCACAGCAUAAUCACACAGAUAUGAACGGCUCGAGAGAGAGCUUGACGACCCCUCCAUCUUCAAUAACGAAAAGGCGCUCAAGUAUGGCUAUGGAACUCGAGGCUAGCGAUCCAGGUCAGCUUACAAGCCUCUUUGAUACUGGAAUUACACUCAAGAAACGAAUCAUCAACGUCUAUGUUUCGCUGUCUGAGCUCAAGUCUUUCAUUCAACUUAACCAGACUGGUUUCAAGAAAGCUGCCAAAAAGUAUGACAAGGUGUGCAAUCGAGACAUACGGAAGGACUACCUGGAGAAGAGUGUGGAGCCUUCUUAUCCUUUUCGCGACCAGACUAUGACACAGCUCGAUAACAACAUCCAGAAAGUUGAGCAGCAAUACGCUGAUAUGGUGACCAAAGGUGACGUGACGCUUGCUAAGAGGGAGCUCAGGUUACACCUCAGGGAACACGUUGUUUGGGAGCGUAAUACCGUCUGGCGAGAAAUGAUUGGUAUUGAACGACGUGCUCAGGCUGUGAACCUGGGUAUACGCCAGACUUUGCUCGGCGGCACAAAAGACCAUGACCGUGGACGGCAAGGAGAUGAAAAGGAAGAUGAUACGAAGGAGCUUGACACGCCUGUAGGACGAUACCGUUGUCCUGCUUGGCUUUUUAGCUCGACCUUCUUCACGCUCAUCGGUAUCAUCGUUGUCUUCCUCGUGCUGCUAUUUGUGCCAAUUAUGAAGAAGGAGGAGCAGCAGAAUUGCCUGGCCAUGCUCGUCUUCGUGUCUCUUCUGUGGGCAACUGAAGUUAUACCACUAUUUGUUACCUCCCUACUGGUGCCAUUUUUGUCUGUCAUCCUGCGAAUCAUGAGGGAAGACGACAAGCCCCACCGACGACUCGGGACUAAAGAAGCCACAAAGGUCGUCUUUUCGUCGAUGUGGACUCCGGUCAUCAUGCUACUCCUGGGUGGCUUCACGAUAGCUGCUGCGUUGUCCAAGUAUCUCAUCGCCAAGAAAUUGGCCACCUUUAUCCUCAGCAAAGCAGGAACCAAAGCUCGCACUGUACUAAUUACAAAUAUGUUCGUUAGCUUGUUUCUGUCAAUGUGGAUCUCAAACGUGGCAGCACCAGUGCUAUGCUUCAGCAUCAUCCAGCCCAUGCUCCGCAAUCUGCCAGCAGACAGCAAUAUGUCCAAAGCACUCAUUCUUGGCAUCGCUCUAUCAGCCAACAUGGGCGGUGCAGCAUCCCCAAUCUCUUCACCCCAGAACAUCAUCGCCCUCCAAAACAUGAAACCACAACCCAGCUGGGGCACCUGGUUCUUCAUCGCCUUACCAGUAUGCAUAGUAGCCAUCUUCUUCAUCUGGCUCAUCCUCCUCGUCACCUUCAAACCAGGCAAAGGAACAACCAUCGUACCCCUCCGACCAAUGAAAGACAAGCUCAACGGCCGCCAAUACUUCAUCAUCUUCGUCACAAUACUCACCAUCGUCCUCUGGUGCGUGAGCCACCAACUCGACAACGUCUUCGGAGACAUGGGCGUCAUCGCCAUCAUCCCCAUGGUCCUCUUCUUCGGCACCGGCAUCCUCACCAAGGAAGACUUCAAUAAUUUUCUCUGGACGAUCAUCAUCCUCGCGGCAGGAGGUCUCACAUUGGGCAAAGCCGUCUCCUCCUCCGGCCUCCUAAACACCAUCGCGAAAUCCAUAACCCAAAACGUGGCAGGCAUGUCCGUCUACGGUGUCCUCGUCGUCUUCUGCGCUCUCGUCCUCGUGGUGGCAACUUUCAUCUCUCAUACCGUUGCGGCACUGAUCAUCCUCCCGCUCGUCGCGAGCGUCGGCUCGAGUAUGGAUGAGCCACAUCCAAACCUGCUCGUUAUGGGAACGGUAUUGAUGGCGAGUGGUGCGAUGGGCCUGCCGACUUCUGGAUUUCCGAAUAUGACUGCGAUCAUGAUGGAAGCUCCCGAGACAGGUGUGCGAUAUCUACGAGUCAAGCAUUUCUUGACUAGGGGUAUACCGAGCAGUAUUAUUGCGUUUGGGAUCAUCAUCAGUUUGGGUUAUGGACUCAUGCUUGCUGCGGGGCUGUAA